AUGUGGUUUGAGAAAAAUACCAAGAAGAAGAUGCAGGUUAAAUGUCAAUGGGGCUGCCCUUUUUACAUGUAUGCAAGCAAUGUCAAGAGGUUUGGUCCAGAUAACAUGGUUGUGAAGACAUUGAAUCCCCAACACAUUUGCUCUCCUAUUGUAACCAGUCAUUUCUUGACUUAUAGAAGGGUAGCUAAGGAGGUAAAGGAGAGAUUGUUGGUGGAUGAGGACUGGUGGUCUAGGAAGGGGAUACACAAGCAUAUAAAGGACACCUAUAACAUGGAUGUUCCCAUGCAGACCAUCACAAGGGGUAAGAGGGCAGCAAUGAAGAUGAUUGAAGGUCCUUAUAUAGAGCAAUACAAUAAGUUGGCUGCAUACAGAAAAGAGCUUUUGAGAAGCAAUCCUAGAUCCACUGUGGAGAUUAUGACAGAGAUGGAUGGACUAGUGAGAAGAUUCAAAAUGAUGUACAUAUUCUUCCAAGCUUGCAAAGAGGGGUGGAUGAAGGGAUGCAGGCCUCUUAUAGGGCUAGAUGGAUGUCACAUCAAAGCGCACCAUCCUGGACAGCUUUUGACAGCAAUUGGUGUAGAUGCAAACAAUGGAAUCUUUCCGAUUGCAUAUGCUAUGGUUGAAAGAGAGAGUGAGGAAACCUGGACAUGGUUCCUUGAAUAUUUACAGCAAGAUGUAAAGAUUGAGAGAGAUAGCAGCUAUGUGUUUAUGACAGACAAACAAAAAGGAUUGGAUAAUGCACUCAAAGGUUACUAUUUUGUUCUCAAAAUUUUUGUCUAA